CGCACCCGCCGCCACCGGCUAUCGCAGAGACCAAGCCACCCGCGUCUGCCGUGCCGCACUCCCCACGUCGUCACCAUGGGCCGCCUGGACGGCAAGACCGUGCUGAUCACGGCGGCGGCGCAGGGCAUCGGCCGCCGCUCGGCGCAGCUCUGCGCGCAGGAGGGCGCCACCGUCAUCGCCACCGACGUGAACGAGCCGGCGCUGCAGCUGCUGGCGGCCGAGACGCCGGCCGUUCAGGUGCGUCGCCUGGACGUGCUGGACAAGCAGCAGGUGGAGGCGCUGGCUGCCGAGCUGGCCGACACCGUCGACGUACUCUUCAACUGCGCCGGCUGGGUGGCCGAGGGUGACGCGGCCGCGACCAGCGACGACGACUGGCAGCGCACCUUCGACCUCAACGUGCGUGCCAUGUUCUGGAUGUGCCGCGCCUUCCUGCCGGCGAUGCGGCGUCGACGCGCUGGCAGCAUCAUCAACAUGUCGUCUGUGGCCGGGAUGAAGGGCGUGGCGCGCCGCCUCGCCUACGGCGCCAGCAAGGCGGCCGUGGUGGGGCUGACCCGCUGCAUCGCCGCCGACCACGUGACCGAGGGCGUCCGCUGCAACUGCAUCUGCCCGGGCACGGUCGACUCGCCGAGCUGGCGCGGCCGCGUGGCGGCCAGCGGCGACCCGGAGGCGGCGCACGCAGCGUUCGUGGCGCGUCAGCCGAUGGGCCGCGUCGGCACGACGGACGAGAUCGGCUGGCUGGUUGUGUACCUGGCCUCCGACGAGAGCGCCUUCACCACCGGCGCCGCCAUGGUAGUCGACGGCGGGUGGAGCAUGUGAACGUCGGGUGGGCGGCGGCGCGGCAGUCCAGUCACAAGGGUGCUGUGCUCGAACCAGGAAUGUACCCAGCCUGGUGACCCUGUGCUUGAAUCAGGCAGCCCAGUGUUUGGGCUGGGGACUGUGCUCAGAUCAGGAAGCUCUGUAACCUGGAUCAGAUAGCUUUGUGUCUGGCACAGGCAUUUGUGAGCCUGUGGAGAUGCAGUGCUCUAGACACAUUUAAAAUGUCUGCAGUUAUGCCUUCAGGCAGCCAAUGAUAUCCUGCCAGGGAAGGGAUGACUGUAGCUGGGGUAGGGAGUUUCCAUGGCAACCACAUAUUGAACCAUGGUGUGCAUAUGAUCACUAGCCAGUGACCAUUGUCUACAAGAAUGAGAAAUGAGUCUGAAGAGGUGACUGUU